UUACCGGUUUGCCCGGUCCCCCACGUCACGACAAACAGCAGCUGUUCCAAUGCCCGGCGUUCGGCGGAAGAACUUAUAAAUUACUCAAAAUAAUAAUUGAUUAAGUUAGUUUUGCUUUGAUGAAACUCCAACAAACAUACGUAUCUGUGCAUAAAAUAAUACGAGAAAAAGUGAUAUAAGACCUAAGACUAACUCAUUACCAAGAAUAUGGAUACGAAUGAAAAGAAUGAUAAGUUGGACUAAUUUAAAACUAAUUAAUUGAUUUUUAUAAUUAUUUUUAAUAAAAUAAAACUCUAAUGUUGCAGUCUCCAUUGUUGAUUGUCUCCUUAUAGUCUAGCAUGUGGCCCUCCAUUGUCUACCAUUCACACAAUUUGGCUCACGCGAUAAUUGGACAUAAAUUGCAUUCUUUUUCUUUAUCAAAUAAAAUAAAAUAUCACAUAAUGAUAAUUGUGUAAGAAAUUUUCUUAUGAUAAACAAGGCAAUUCGUCUAAUACAUUUGCAUAUAUAACCACACGAUUGUGGUUGGGUGGUCAAAACGUUUCAUAGAUUUCCAAAAAAUCCGAAUUUAAAUUCGUACCAUACCAGAUUUUCAUAUGCAUGGUCAUCGAAGCUUUCACAUUCUCUCUGAAAAAUGAUUUACCAUUUUUUUUGUACAUUUACAUAUAUGAGAAAUUAAAUAAAAAUAAUAAAAUAGUUCUUAAGCAUACAAAGGGUACAUAAUCAAUGCAAACAACACGUAAAAACCUCAAAUUAUUGUCGAUCGUGGUCUUCUUUACUAUUGUGAUGUUCAAGUCAAAAAAAAAGAAAGGCUACGGUGGCAGAAAAUCGAAAUUAUGAUUCAAAUCAUUACCAAAACGUAAUUUGACACUGUAGCAUAUAGUUUCUUGUGAAAUCAAAUUUUAAGACUUUCUUAACUCCAUUAAUAUUGUUAAUUCAUGAUGUACUACACUUAUAGUUUCAUCACAUAUUACAAUUUCUAAAUGACAUAAGUGUGGCUCAAACUCUAGUGAUGGAGAACUAUAGCAUUUAAUAUAGAAAGCUAAUACAAUAUGGUAGACCACAAAAACUAAUUAAUACAUUAUCAUAUUAUGUGAUUAAUUGUUUAUGAUUGAGAGAACAUAUAAAAUAAGUCGGCCCAAGAAAAAGCCUUUCUCACUCAUCAUCAUAAUUUCCCUUUAUAAAUCCACCCAAAGUCAAAGACACUAAACAAUUCUCCAUUUACUAUUUCUUAGUUCGCUCGUGCACAUCUCCAACGAUCCCAAUCCUAAAACCAUCACUUAUUCCAAUCUUUUUCAACAUCUCUUGAAAACACCAAUCUUAUAAAAGAAAAAAAAAAACAAGAGAAUCCUUCUUUUUUGGCACAAAUAACAUAAAGAUCAUCACCUUUUUGUUUGUUUCGUCGAUGGCAACUUCCGGUAACAUUACAACGGCAGGGACAGGUUCACCGUGCGGCGCAUGCAAGUUCCUGAGAAGGAAAUGUUUAUCAGAUUGUAUAUUCGCACCUUACUUCUCAUCCGAGCAGGGAGCAGAAAGAUUCGCAGCUAUUCAUAAGGUGUUUGGAGCCAGCAACGUCUCUAAGCUCUUGCUUAAGGUCCCAAUCCAUGAUCGAUGUGAAGCUGUUGUCACCAUCGCCUACGAAGCUCAGGCUCGUCUUCAUGACCCUGUGUAUGGCUGUGUCUCUCAUAUUUUCUCCCUCCAACAACAGGUGGCUUACUUGCAAGCACAAGUCAUGCAAAUGAAGGCACAUAUCGCCGGCCACCAGACGUCAGCCGCCGAAGGUACUCACCAAUUCACGACGUGGCAACAAACUAGUGGCUCACCGAUCGAUAGUGCGUACUCAACACCAUAUAACCAUCACCAUCAUACUUACUACGGUCAUAUAAACCCUAAUAAUCCGGUCUCGCCACAGAGCUCGUUAGAAGAAUCUUUCAGCAUCACGAGCAGUGACGUCACAACUACAGCUAACGUGCGUGAGACUCAUCAAACCGGAGGUGGCGUAUACGGUCAGGGUGAGUUAGGGUUUCAGGAAGGAUAUCCUAACAAAAAGAGAUCAGUGAGUUAUUGUGAUAGCGAUUUAGGUGAGCUUCAGGCUUUGGCUCUUAGAAUGAUGAAGAAUUAAGAUAAUAAGUUUUUUCUUUUGUUAUUGCUAAAAAUUAAGAGGAGUUGGUACUUUGGGAAAAAAGAAUAAAAAAAAAAUAGCUGGUAACUUAUGUAGACAAA